AUGGCUCCACCAGCAACAGCUUCUUUCCAAGAACGCGCUCUUGCUCUCGUCAAGACACUUCAAUUUGCCUGGUUUUUUGGUCACGUCUUGACACUUUAUGGUACAUUAACUUAUACCUUGAGCGUCUUACUGUUCCGUUCAAACAGCUCCUUCUACAAGAUUGCCUACUUGGGUGCUUUAGUAUCAUAUGGUGUAGUAAUUUAUAAAUCGCACGGCAGACCUCAGCCUAAUGCCGAGUAUGCUCGUAAAUUGGUUAUGGAUGAAAACGCACAAUACUUGUUGCUUGCACUCUUUUGGUUCUUCUCUAAUCCUAUUACAGUCUCUUUGAUUCCUUUCUUCACCUUCUCUGCAUUCCAUGCUCUUGGUUAUAUCCGCACAAACAUCAUUCCCAACUUGUUCCCUCGUCCCACUACUGCCAGCAACAGCGGAGAUGCUUCCGUGUCAUGGCAAGCAAAAACUCAGCAACAAAUCAAAUCAUUAACAGACAAGUAUUACGGUGCUGCUAUGCGCUUUGUUGCUCAAUCAGAAGUUACUGUUAUUGCUGUUCGCUUGCUUAUUGGUUUGCUUCGUCUUAACUUCAUGCCUAUCAUCUUGUUUGCUCAAUUCCUUCGUUUCCGUUACCAUUUAUCGACCUAUACUCGUCAAACCUUUACUGAACUUCGAGUUAAAUUUGAUGGAUUGCUUUUGCCUCCUUCAGUUGAUCCUCGUAUCCCUCCUGUUGUUACUAAAGCCUAUAUCACUAUUAGGGAUAUGAUCACAAGAUUCGGCAAUUCCAUUGUUCAACAACAACCUACACAAUAG